UUCAAGGAUUGCUGCUAUGCCGCCUCUCAGCUAAACUUUUCUCGGGCAGCAAUGGAUCCUCAUCUCGACUUUAUGAACGCAUUCUUCCUAUGCUGUGGUAUUUGGAACGGUGGCCGAUUUGACUAUAAGCGUGGUGGUCAGUUCAUUAUGUGGAGUCUUGGAAUAGUUGUCGAGUUCCCUCCCGGUGCUGGGAUAUUGGUACCAUCUGCUUCGGUAACCCAUGCUAACGUUCCAAUCGGCCCACAGGAGCAUAGGCAUUCAGUGACCUUUUUCACUGCUGCAGGAAUUCUUCGUUGGUACUUCAAUGGGUUUAUGAAUGACAAUCAGUUUUUGGCGCAGGCUUCUGAGGUGCAGAAGGAGGAUUGGACACAGUAUCGUACAGAUCUAUGGAAAUUUGGACUCAAUAUGUUGCGAUAUGAUCAAUUGUAG